AUGGCCCAUUUCAUUCUCUCUCCCCCUCGCACCCUCCUCGUUAACAUCCACGCACGCGUGUGUCGUCACCAUCAUCGUCGAGCACAUGUUCGUCCCUCCUGCCAGAAGCCAAAUAAGCGUGUAGUCACGAUGCAGUGCCACUCGAGGUGGAGGCUACUCAAGUACCUCCCGGGCGUUCGGGUAGAGUACAGCGGGUCGGCUGCCAAGCUGCUUGACUCGUAUCUCCACCAGGACUCCGGCACGAAGUACGCCGCAAACCUGCCAGUGUCGCAGCGGUACUUUUACAUGAAAAAAAUGAGCAACGGCACCUCCUUGUCGAGUGCGGUCGGUGUCUCGCAGCAGCAUCAAGUGAUACAGCUGCGCCUUGGGGCUGCACAGAUGCUGAGUUCCUCACAGCACACCAGUAUCGGCAAUCUCAACGAAGCACACCCGCUCUACUACGCUCAAACCUCCCCGCGCGCGGCUGGGCUCACAGUGCCGCUGGUUUUGGCCCUCAAGCGACUACGUAUUAACCGCCUGACGGAGCUGCAAGGCGCGUUGGUACCGCUUCUACUGAAAGGGAAGCACGUCAUUGCGCACUCAGAGACUGGCACAGGCAAGAGCUUUGGCAUUGCACUGGCCAUCGCCAACCGCAUCAUCCGUGACCAGCUCAACUACCGCCUCCACACCGUCGUUCUGGUCCCCACAGAGGAGCUGGCGCUACAGUAUGACAAGUGGCUGCGACACUUCGGCGGGUGCACGUCGCAGGUGGUGCAGGCCGCCAUCGACAGCAUCCCGCUCGAGGAGCAACUCGCUAAGCUGCACAACAUUCAGCCUCACGUGCUGGUCGGGACCCCGCAGCGCAUGGGCGACAUUUUGCGCCUGAGCCCUUCCGUUCUGGGUGAACGGCUGCGGCGCAAGGUGGACUGCGUUGUCCUGGACGAGGCUGACAUGAUCAUCCAUGCCAACAUUGUGUACGGGCGACAGAGGCUAAGCGGCGCAAACCUUGUAGACCGGCUUUUCCGCAACAGGCGAGAAGAGGUUCCGGCACAACUCGUGGCAGCCAGCGCGACGGUCGACAGCGUCACGGCACAGACGCUGAAUACGUGGACACGAAACGACCGCACGGUGCGGCUGACAACGAGCUUCGUGGAGCACACGAUUCCGUCCACGAUUCAGUUCUACUUUUUUGGCGCGUCAACGGCGUAUCCGCUGGAAAAGUGCCUCUUGUUGUCCCUUCAACUGAUCUGCAGGCAGCGACCUGACGCGCGUAUCUUGUUGUUUACCGAAGAUGAACGUAUCGCCGAGGUGUGCACGCUGCUCACGUCCGCGGAGGUGGACAGAGAGAUGCGCCGCGUCGCUCCAGGCGCACUACCGCCUACAAAGAUGUUCGCUGCAGCCCUGCAUGCUCUGCCCCGAAGCGCCCCUUCAACACACACCAUGGCCUCCCACGAUCCAGACAACCCGGUGUCGCACCGCCGCAGACCGCACACAACCACAGCGAAGCAGGAAGUUCCCGCCAAUCCCGCACAUGGGAGAGGCAGCGUCUACGAGGAUGUGCGCGCCCACCAGGUUAUCCGGCAGCACGGUGAUGUCUACGUGAAGAACAACAGCUCCCUCUCUCGACUGAACGAAGGCAAGCUGGUGGUCGGAGUGGGUAGCCUCAACAGCAGCCGGGGGCUGCAUGUCAACGGCAUCACCCAUGUCAUUCUCUACGGUGCCUGCCCGUCGGCUGCGUGUUUUGUCCACUGCGCAGGGCGCACAGGUCGUAUGGGUGCCGAGGGCGAUGUGCUGGUGCUCUACCCGCCAUCCUCUGGUCGGCAGGUGCAGCAAGUAUGCAGCUCACUAGAGCUUCCGUUUCACUCGGGUCGCAUGAGCGCCGUGGAAGACCUCCUCCGCUCGGGCGAGGCACGCGCAACGAAGUCCGCUACUGCCGCUAUGAGCGAAUCAGCGGGCGGCGCGGCGCCUGCCCUCGCCUGA